AGGGCAGGUCAGCGCGCAGGCGCAGUGCGUCGUCCACCGGCUGCUUGCUGCGGUCCACUCCUCACUUCAUUUAGUGUUAACUCGUGAAGCAGAAGGAUGGUGCUGGACCUGGAUUUGUUUCGGGUGGAUAAAGGAGGGGACCCAGCCCUCAUUCGAGAGACGCAGGAGAAGCGCUUCAAGGACCCGGGGCUGGUGGACCAGCUGGUGAAGGCAGACAGCGAGUGGCGACGAUGCAGAUUUCGGGCAGACAACUUGAACAAGCUGAAGAACUUGUGCAGCAAGACUAUUGGUGAGAAAAUGAAGAAAAAAGAGCCUGUGGGAGAUGACGAGACCGUUCCAGAGGACGUGUUGAAUUUCGAUGACCUCUCUGCAGACACGCUAGCUGCCCUGAAAGUCUCUCAAAUUAAAAAAGUCCGCCUCCUCAUUGAUGAAGCUAUCCAGAAGUGUGAUGGGGAGCGGUUAAAGCUGGAGGCAGAGCGGUUUGAGAACCUCCGGGAGAUUGGGAACCUUCUGCAUCCCUCUGUGCCCAUCAGUAACGAUGAGGACGCAGACAACAAAGUAGAGCGCAUCUGGGGUGACUGCACAGUCAGAAAGAAGUAUUCCCAUGUGGACCUAGUGGUGAUGGUCGACGGCUUUGAAGGAGAAAAGGGAGCCGUGGUGGCUGGGAGUCGAGGGUACUUCCUGAAGGGGGUCCUGGUGUUCCUGGAGCAGGCGCUCAUCCAGUACGCACUCCGCACUUUGGGAAGUCGAGGCUACACUCCCAUUUACACCCCCUUCUUCAUGAGGAAAGAGGUCAUGCAGGAGGUGGCGCAGCUCAGCCAGUUUGAUGAAGAACUUUAUAAGGUGAUUGGCAAGGGCAGCGAAAAGUCUGAUGACAGCUCCUAUGAUGAGAAGUACUUGAUCGCCACCUCAGAGCAGCCCAUUGCAGCUCUGCACCGGGACGAGUGGCUGCGGCCGGAGGACCUGCCCAUCAAGUAUGCUGGCCUCUCCACCUGCUUCCGCCAGGAAGUGGGCUCACAUGGCCGUGACACUCGUGGUAUCUUCCGAGUCCAUCAGUUUGAGAAGAUUGAACAGUUCGUGUACUCAUCACCUCAUGACAACAAGUCAUGGGAGAUGUUUGAAGAGAUGAUCGCCACCGCAGAAGAGUUCUACCAGUCUUUGGGGAUCCCUUACCACAUUGUGAAUAUUGUCUCAGGCUCUUUGAAUCAUGCUGCCAGUAAGAAGCUCGACCUGGAGGCCUGGUUCCCAGGCUCAGGCGCCUUCCGAGAGCUGGUCUCCUGUUCUAACUGCACGGAUUACCAGGCUCGCCGGCUCCGAAUCCGGUAUGGGCAGACCAAGAAGAUGAUGGACAAGAGAAAGAAUAAUCUCCGUUUCUCUACACAGAACAAGUUGGAGGCAGUCUCUUCCCUCUUUUCGCCCAAGAAGGUGGAGUUUGUCCAUAUGCUUAAUGCCACGAUGUGUGCUACCACCCGGACCAUCUGCGCCAUCCUGGAGAACUACCAGACAGAGAAGGGCAUCAUUGUGCCAGAGAAGCUGAGGGAGUUCAUGCCGCCAGGACUCCAGGAACUGAUCCCGUUUGUGAAGCCUGCACCCAUUGACCAGGAGCCAUCGAAGAAGCAGAAGAAACAGCAUGAGGGCAGUAAAAAGAAAGCAAAGGAGGGCACCCUGGAGAGCCAGCUGCAGAACAUGGAGGUCACCGAGGCCUGAACACUGCCUCCUCCCGGUUGCCAGACUUGCUUUCUGUCUGCUGGGACCUCUGGCCUGCCUUGGAGCAGGGAGGCCAAGUACUCCUCCUCACCCUGACCCGUCUGACUGCACAGCCGACGGGGAACCAUCUGCCGUGUACCAAGCAGGUGGUCCCAUCUCCUCGCAUGGGCCAAGGGUCUCCUCACUGACUGCUGAGCCAUGCAAUAAAGUGUUUCUGGGGAGGGCACAUGACUUCCUCAGUCAGCUCCCCAGGCUUGAA